AUGAAGAAACUGUAUAGGAAGCUGGUUUCAAUCAGAGACCCAUUUGCUAGAGUGAAAAGACAUGUUAGUUUACAUUCAGGAUUUAGAGCUUUAAGGGACAGAAAAUGGAUGUUCCCUUUUCUAGCUAGCUUGAUCAUGUCGAUUAUACUCCUGAUAUUGUCCAUUUACGGAAAAUUCGAUGCGGAAGAUCAGUUGCCAUUAGAUGUUGUUUCAGAGUCUAAUGAAUACUUUGUAGAAUCAGAUUUCAGACAAUCUUUGAAAUCAAAGGCUGAUGUUAGUCCAGAGCUUCCUCGGUUAGCUUAUCUGAUAUCGGGAACAAAAGGCGAUAGUCAUAGGAUGAUGAGGACUUUACAAGCUGUGUACCAUCCUAGAAACCAGUAUGUUUUGCAUUUGGAUCUUGAGGCUCCACCUCGAGAACGGAUGGAACUAGCAAUGACUGUGAAGAGUGAUCCAACAUUUCGUCAAAUGGAGAAUGUUCGGGUGAUGGCUCAGUCUAAUCUUGUUACUUAUAAAGGGCCUACAAUGAUUGCUUCUACUCUUCAAGCUGUUGCUAUUUUGCUAAGAGAAAGCUUACAUUGGGAUUGGUUUAUCAACCUUAGUGCCUCGGAUUAUCCUCUCGUAACUCAAGAUGAUUUGCUAUAUGUCUUCUCAAAUCUGUCACGGAAUCUCAAUUUCAUCGAGCAUAUGCAGCUCACCGGAUGGAAACUGAACCAGAGGGCUAAAUCGAUCAUUGUUGAUCCUGGCCUAUACCUAUCAAAGAAAUCCGACAUUGCUUGGACUACUCAACGACGAUCACUUCCCACUUCUUUCAAGCUAUUCACCGGCUCAGCUUGGAUAAUGUUGACUCGAUCUUUCCUCGAGUACUGCAUUUGGGGAUGGGACAAUUUCCCAAGAACGAUACUAAUGUACUACACGAAUUUCGUAUCAUCUCCUGAAGGAUACUUACACACAGUAAUCUGCAACAGCAAAGAGUUUAUCAACACUGCAGUCAGUCACGACCUUCACUACAUUGCUUGGGACAAUCCUCCAAAGCAGCACCCCGUUUCUCUCUCGUUAAAAGAUUUUGAUAAUAUGGUCAAGAGCAAAGCUCCAUUCGCGCGUAAGUUCCACAAGAACGAUCCUGUGUUAGACAAGAUCGAUAAAGAGCUAUUGGGACGUACACACCGGUUUGCAACGGGAGGAUGGUGUGUCGGGAGCUCGGAUAAUGGCAAUGAUCCGUGCUCUGUACAAGGCAAUGACUCGGUGUUGAAACCAGGUCCUGGUUCUGAGAGAUUGCAGGAGCUUGUUCAAACACUGUCGUCUGAAGAAUUUAGGAGAAAACAGUGUUCUUGA